AUGAGUGAAGAGGAGCCACAAAAGAGAGAUGAGAUAGUUGUGGUGAGAAGUGAGGAUGAUUUUGAAAAUAAAGUAGUUGAAGUUGAGAGAAAAGAGCAACAAAAGAGUGAUGAGGGAGCCACAAAGAAAGAUGAGGGAGAUAAAGAAGGAAUAGAAAAGCCCCCUAUGAGAGUAUAUAAGCCCCCCGUUCCGUUUCCUCAUAGAAUUGUAGAGAAAAAGUUGAAUGAGAAGUUUUCAAAAUUUCUUGAAGUCAUGAGAGGACUUCAAGUGAACAUCCCCUUUCUUCAUGCCAUGUCACAAAUGCCUACCUAUGUAAAAUUUUUGAAGGAUCUUCUAUCCAACAAGAGUAGGCUUGAAGAGAGUGCAACCAUCUCCCUUCCUAAAGAGGUGAGUGCAAUCAUUCAAAACAAGCUUCCCCAAAAGCUUGGUGACCCCGCUAGCUAUGCAAUACCGGUGAAGAUUGGAGAUUUAGAAGCUAUGGAUUCUUUAUGUGAUCUUGGGGAAAGUGUGAGCUUGAUGCCCUAUUUUAUUGCAAAGAACUUGAAAGUUGGAGACUUGAAACCAACAAGAAUGUCCUUACAACUAGCCGACCGCACGGUUAGGCUACCUUAG